UCCCUCCGAAUCUCCUUACAAUUAAUGGAAGUCCAAGACACGUGGUUCUUCAGAUAAAGGAAGGAGAACGUGCUAAUUUAACGUGCAGUGUUGAGAACAGCAAACCUCCGUCACGUUUAAAGUGGUAUCGAAACAGAGUGGAACUGAUACCUGACGCUGCUGAAACGUCCAUUCGUGAGGAAAAAGGAAAACUCGUGACCGUUUUGAGUACCCUGACACUUUAUCCCAAAAUAGAUGAUGACCAGGCGACCUACAUCUGUGAAGCUGACCAUUCAGCACUGUCUAAUCCUUUGACAUCUUCUGUUACCAUAAGUGUCCUUUAUCCUCCAGGAAAACCAGUUAUAACCGGAUACAGAGAAGGACAUGUCUUGGUGAAAGGAGAACGCUUGUCUCUGCUGUGCACAUCUAAAGGUGGAAAUCCGCCAGCUAUUCUGAUGUGGUUUAGAUCAGGUGAACGGUUGGAUACCAGCUACGUCACCCGUUCAAGAAAGACCGUCAGUAUUUUAAGGUUUAGAGUCACUGCCGCUGACAACAAAGCAGAAUAUCGCUGCGAAGCGAAGAGUCCUCUUGUGAACCGGUCCUCCUCCGAGUUCGUAACUCUCUCCGUCCACU